AUGAGUCUUCCUAAAUUGGAGAUAUUUGUGAAAGAUGUUGAUGAAGCGAGAGAGGAGAUAUUUCGAGUUCUUCCGAUGAUGGACCGCAGUGUAAGGAUCAUCUAUUUUGAUGGUUGGGGUGGAUUUGGGGUGUCGGCAGUUCUGCGAUCUAUAGCGAAAGUGCUUCCGUCUGUGAGAACCGCUCCAGAACUAUGCUUUGACAGAAUAAUUCAUAUAGACUGCUCAGAGUGGAAAAGUGAAAGAACAAUGCAGACAUUAAUUGCAGAGGAGCUGAAACUUGACCACUCGGUGAUAUCCAUUCUAGACAAGCAAGAUGAAGAUGAUGAUUUUAGUGGAGUUGAUGAAAGUUCAAGGGAUAGAAUAGAAAGAGUUGGGCUAAUGAUUAAUCAGGCCCUGAGGGGCAGCAAAUUUAUGAUGAUUUUUCUUAAUGGAAGUGAUGUUGAGUUUGACAUAGGAGCCUUUGGUCCCCCAUUUGCAAGAUUUAGUGACAACAUGAUGAUAUGGGCCUUCAAAAAAAGAUUCCUGACCAUGAAUCACCAGCAUGAUGAGAUAGCAGACAAGCUAAGAUACACUCAUGCUUAUAUCCACCCUGCGAUCAUACCACUAACAAGUUCAGUGUUUCAAGCAAUACUACAUGAAGAGGCUGCUGCCAUAGUUGCUCGUAGUCCAUGUAUUGUGGACAUCGACCCAACAAUGGUUGCAGAUUGUUGUCUGUAUGAGUUAUUCCUGCAUUGUAACUUCCACACCUUUCACUGGGUUGCUCAUGCUUCCAACUGUUGUAUGUGCGAUGGGAUUAUACAAGGGGACAGAGCAAGGGCUAUUAGUGUUGAGUUGCAUGGAAAGUUAAAUUGGGAGUGUGAUGCUCCUUUGGCUAGAAAGUUCUUGAAACGUAUGAAGCCUCCUUUUCUGAUACUUGAAGAUGGCGAUGUCUAUGAACAAGGGCCAUACUGCUGGAUAUCAGUCACAUCGAUGAAUAUGAAAUUACAUGGUUUGCAAACUAUACCUGCAGCGGCAUCAUCUUUCUUCUUGGCAUUUGAAAGACCGGAUUGCCCAUUACCGUUACCAAGUGGCUUGUUUGAGCAUUCCAACAACCUUGGUGUGUUAGUUCUCUGUUUUUGUGCCUUCAGUUUUGCGGCACCUCCUUUCCUCAAAAGCAGCCGCCUAAGAUUCCUUGGACUGGAUCAUUGUAUAGAUGACCAAUUUGGUGACGGAGAGGAUCAUACAGAGUGGGCAUGUUUGUAUAGCCUCUGGGUGUUAGACCUUCGUUACACAGACUGGAAUGAAAUAUUAUCUGAAGAAAAGAUGGAUCUCAUGGCUAAUAUCAAAGAGCUCAAUAUAGAGGGAACAAGGUGUUGGCAGUACACCGCUGACUUGCAAGGGCGGCUACCUAACCUUCAAAGGCUCCGAAUAAUCAAACCAACAUAUCAGUGGGAGACAUCCAGGGAUGUUGGUAACUCCUUUAUGGAUAAGACAAGGAUAGAGAUACUUGAUUUAUCAGGUAACACCGAGAUGGAAGUUUUGCCGACAAGCCUAUCAAAGGCGAGUGGACCUCGAGUGCUUGUACUUGACGGUUGUGAUGGGGUGGAAAACAUUGAUGGCACUGGUGGGCUUCCUUCGUCCAUUGAGUCCUUCAGCUUUGAUGGUUAUGGCCCAGCUUUCGAAUGGACACCAAGCAUUGAAUUACCUUUCAAACAUUUUUGUCCACCUACGACAACAGAAACAAAUAAUAGGGAUAUCAAAGUCUCCAAGAUCUCCUUAGCAGGGUGUAAACAGUUGAAAAUUUUGUUCCUGCGUGGGCUACCCAACCUCUUGGAGUUGGACCUCUCUGGAACUGCGAUCAAGAUACUAGACUUCGAAACUAUGGUGGUGCAAGUCCCAGGGCUCAAGCGGCUAUUUCUUAUUGGAUGUGAGCACCUUCGUGCAAUAAAUUUUCCAGGCAAGAGUGACUUUGAGAGAAAUCUGGACCUGGAGUUGCUGUACAUAGACACACGAACUGGAGCUACGUGUCAUCGGUCAACUAUUGAAGAGAACAAUUCCUCCCAGUUGCAGGUGAAUGCUAUAAUAGCCGAUGCAAGGCUAGUCCGGUCAUUGCACUCUUUAAUAUAUUAUGGUAUGAAUAGCCCCAGAGAUGUUUGUUUUGAUAUCCAAGUCACCUCCUCACCUGUGUCUGUUGGGCCUGUUCAACCGGAAGCACCAUGCAGUGAUAAGAUUGGUCAUUCUGAAGAAGAGAGCCUGAAUCAGCUUGUUCCAGCACACCGAUACAGCGAUGUCAGUAGCAUGAUUGGUGAUGCCUCACUCCCAAUGCAGGCUUUCCCGCCUCCGCCUAUGAAGUUGGAUCGGCAUGUCGAGAUCGCUGAAGGGAGUGAUUUCUUGGAGAGCGAGUUGGACAAAUAUGGAGGUCUAGGUGGCCUGAUGGAUUUAUACGCUGAAUCGGUGCACGUGCAUGAUGUCCCGGUAUGUGCUAUUGUGACUCCUCCAUUUUGGGGGAACAAGCUUAGGCACUUCUGCGUUGAGAGGUGCUCCAAGGUGGAUGCGGUCUUCCAAACGAGCCAGGACGGAUUGCUGGAGCUAGAGACUUUGUGGGUGUCGCAUCUCCUAAUGGCCCGUUGGAUCUGCAGUAAAGGUUACCACUUCACCGAUGGUACUUUCAGAAGUUUGCAGCACCUACAUGUGCGCUCCUGCCCCAGCCUCCAGUUUGUGCUCCCGGUGUGGUUCCCCUCCUUCCCUAGCUUGAAGACACUAUACAUUAUCCACUGCAGCAACCUCAAGCACAACUUCACACUGGACAAUGAGCACCCAGAAGAAAUAGCCGUCCAGGGUGUACUAUAUUCCCAAAGCUGA